AUGGAAGAAUUAAUGAGUAGAAUUUCGGGGAAAAUAAUCUCAUACCCAGACUGCAUAGAAGACAUCCAGGAAAUAAUACUAAAGACAGACCAAGAGAGCUAUCACUAUUGCAUUGUCUAUUUGCUUCUGUUGAAGGAGCAGAUCAUAAAAAUACCAGAAACAGAAAAAGACAAAGAUGUCUUCAAUGAUUACUUUGAGAGACUGAAGGCACAUGCCAGGAAAGUAUCAGGCACAGAGUGGUUGCAGAUGAUUGAAAAUGCAGAAUAUUCAGUCUACAAGGAAGAGAAAGAAGAAGAGAAUAGACUGGAUCUUUUGAUAAAUUUCGUGAUGGAAACCCUAAUAAGAACAAGUACAGCAGAUAUGGAGAGACUAGUAGAUGGAUAUUUGCAGGAGGAAAUGAAUGACCCAAGGACAGAGACUAAGACACAAAUAAAUGUGUCUCUUGUGGUAAUUGAAGAAGUACUAGAUAACUUAGCAAAACUACCAGAGAAAGAGGCCAGGGAGAGUGCAAAAACAGUCUCUAUUCUACUGACAGAAGAACACGUUCCUCUUCUCCUGAAGUACUUAGGGAAACUUUCAAAAAUAAUUCUUAUUUCUUUGUACUUGAAUAACAGACUUGUCUAUGAUGCACUCCACAGGGAAUUUAUUAAGACGCAGUCACUAGAGGAAAUGACACUGUUAGUAGACUUCCCAGAGAUAGAUAUAGAUGAAGUCAUUGUAUAUUUAUAUAAGAACAGUGGAAUAUUGAAGGUUUUAGAUGCGAUUAUUAAAACUCGUUUGAUUCACCGUGAAAAAAUAGUAAAUGCCGUUAUAGAAUAUAUAAAGACUGGGUCUAGAACAAAAACUAUCGGGUUUAUACGGGAGAACCUUGGGUGCUUCCUUGAGAUAAUUGAGAAGAUUGGGCUAGGAUGUGAAGAAGUUCUCUUUUUAGCAGAGAAAGAAAGUUCGUUAUUAAGGUACGCAUUCCAGAUGAUGGCUGAAAUUAAGUCAGAAAUGACAGAUAAGAAAAAAAAACCGUUAAAUUUGCAAAAAAAAGAAAAAAGACUUUCAAACCUUAUCUCUGCACUUUCAACUGAAUUAAGCAAUGGAUCAGAUGAAGAAACAAAGGAAUUUAUCAUGCAGUCACAUGAGAUAGACCCAGAUCUUCUGAGUAAAGUAUGCAUUGGUCUAUUCCGGGCAAAACAACCAUCAGAUGAAAUUAGAAGUGCUUUAUCAAAAUUAGUCACAAAAAAAACCUCAACGUCUUUUGUUUUCACAGCCAUGCCGUAUCUGAAGGAUAUACAGAAAUACGACUUAAUGGAAGAGUACUUAGUAGAUGACGUAUCACUCACUCUAUUCACAAGAAUUAUUAAAAAGCCAGAAGAAAUUCUCAUGCAAGCGCACAAAUUAAAUAUUCAGCCAGGAAAGAGAAUAAUUCACUUGUGCUUUGCAAGACCAGAGAUAUUCACAGAUAGAAUACUCUCCAUGGCCAUUGAAGAAAUCACAAAGAUGGAUGUACUGCCUGCUUUGUUCAUGGAGACAGUAAAGAAUUCACUGAAAUUAUUUUCGAAUAUGAAGCCAUUCUUGGCUACCCUCAUAAAGAGAGAAUGGACUAAAUUAUUCACAAAUAAUCAGGCAGAACUACUUGCCCUGUUAGAAUCCGUUGGUCAGGCUGCCCCAGAGAUACUUUUGACAGUAGAUGAGUCUGAACUGACAAAAAUAAUCAGUAAAUCCAAUCUCUUACAGAAAAGAGUCAAGGAAUAUCUGAUAAAACAGCCAGCCUACAUACAGAACAAGUAUAAAUCACUGUUAAACCCAUAG